AUGCAAACGUCACAGAAACAUCACAGUGCAGCUGGACUGCACAUGUUGUAUCCUCAAGUCCACUGUUCACCUCAGUUCCAAGUCAUAGACAAGACGAAGAAGAAGAAUGCCUUCUCUGACAUCCCAUCUAAAGAAAGCUUCUUCACUCUCGAAUCCUCCACUGCUUCUGUUGGUCCUCUUCCUUCCUAUGAGUCUCCUUCCGUGAGCAUCACAUCUGGCCCUAGCCCGUCCUCUCACUCACAGUCCUGCAUCUCCUCUGAUCUCCAUCCUUCCCCUGAAAACGUGUAUGGAUCUCCUUUAAGCGGUGCGUCUUCUUAUGUCUAUGAUGAAGCUGGGUUCAAGAGCAAGAUCCGAGAACUUGAGGUCUCGCUGCUGAGCAGUGAUCCCAAAGUUGAAGAAUACUCAGGUUUCAGCCCCGUUGCUGGGAAGAGCUCAUGGAACUGGGAUGAUCUCUUGGCGUUAACUCCACAGUUGGACUUGAAAGAAGUACUCCUGGAGGCAGCUCAGGCGGUAGCUAAUGAGGACUUCGCUACAGCGUGUGGAUUCAUCGAUGUUUUGGAACAGAUGGUGUCUGUCUCAGGCACUCCGAUCCAACGGCUUGGUACUUACAUGGCAGAAGGGCUUAGGGCGAGGCUCCAAGGUACUGGUGGCAAUAUCUACAGAGCCUUGAAAUGCAAUGAACCAACGGGGAGGGAACUCAUGUCUUACAUGGGAGUUCUCUAUGAGAUCUGUCCUUACUGGAAAUUCGCGUAUACAGCUGCAAAUGCUGCCAUCUUGGAAGCAGUUGCUGGGGAGAAGAGAGUCCACAUUAUAGAUUUUCAGAUUGCUCAGGGAUCACAGUACUUGUUUCUCAUCCAGGAGCUUGCUAAACGCCCUGGUGGACCACCGUUGCUUCGUGUUACGGGCGUGGAUGAUUCACAGUCCAGGUUUGCUCGCGGUGGAGGGCUCAGCUUGAUUGGUGAGAAGCUUGCAGAUAUGGCGCGGUCAUGUGGCGUCCCGUUUCAGUUCCACGAUGCAGUCAUGUCAGGAUGCAAGGUGCACCGGGAGCAUCUCGGCGUGGAGCCUGGCUUUGCAGUCGUUGUGAACUUCCCUUACGUGUUGCACCACAUGCCUGACGAGAGUGUAAGCGUUGAGAAUCACAGAGACAGGCUGCUCCAUCUGAUCAAGAGCCUUGGACCGAAACUAGUGACUCUAGUUGAGCAAGAAUCCAACACUAACACCUCUCCUUUCCUGUCACGGUUUGUGGAGACUUUGGAUUACUACACAGCGAUGUUUGAGUCUAUAGACGCAGCGAGGCCAAGGGAUGAUAAGCAGAGGAUCAGCGCGGAGCAACACUGUGUGGCGAGAGACAUAGUGAACAUGAUAGCGUGCGAGGAGAUGGAGAGAGUUGAGAGACAUGAAGUGUUAGGGAAGUGGAGGGUUAGGAUGAUGAUGGCUGGGUUCAUGGGCUGGCCGGUUAGCUCAUCUGCAGCUUUUGCAGCGAGUGAGAUGCUUAAAGGUUAUGACAAAAACUACAAACUAGGAGAAAGUGAAGGAGCACUCUGUCUCUUCUGGAAGAGGAGACCUAUGGCUACAUGUUCCGCUUGGAAACCAAACCCAAACCAGAUUAUGUAA